CCAAUGCUUGCCACUUGAGACCGAUAUCACCUGGCGUUGCUCGUUGAGCACUCCACCUAGGUGGCAGUUGUGUUGCGCCUUCUUACUCGCGCAGGAGCGAAUACGCGUUCGCCGUCAGGACGAAAAAGCCUCACGUCAGUCCAAAUUCAGUUGAGUUGAGUCCACUGUACUUGGAGCGUGUAGAUAAGGGAGCUGUUUUCACUGUGUUAGUCUCGAGGGAUUUCCAGUGAGUCCGAGAACCCUCAGCCAGGGUUUAUUAUCGAAAGUAACCGGGUCCGAGAGCCAGGUUAACGGAGGAGACUGGUUCUGCUAGUUGAGAUCAAGGGAAGAAGAAUCAAAACAUUUGACAUUCAUUUUGAUAGAGAGAAUGGAUCAGACGCAGAGACCUGCUGAUGAUUUUGGCGCGGGAAGAGGAACUCCCACGCUUGAAAAACAACCCCCGAAUCUUCUGUCGGGCGUCCAGCCUCGCCCGCAGGGUCCCCCACCCCAACGAUAUCCGAUAAAUAACGGUUCAGCUGGGCCAAGGCUGGGAGGAGGUCAGCCACCACCUAGUUUGCCGCGUCUAGACAGUCGAUCAACUUUGGGUGCGCCCACUGGCUCACCCACUCAGUUCCCCCGACCGCCAUUUGGACCACCCCGUCCACCUGGCGCACCCCCAGGCCAGUUUCCCCGAGGCCCACCAUCGCAAACCAAUUCAGGACAGAUUCGCUUUCCUCCGGGAUCAUCAGGGGCCCGAGGACCCUUUCCUCCUGGUCAACGACCGACUUUUACCAGUAAUCAGGUGAGGCCGCAGAGACCCUCACUGGAUCCUGGUGGUCCCGGUCAACCGAGGUUCCUUCCACCUGGGGCGGGUUUCCAGUUUAACCCUGACAAUCGUCUGCCGACUCCCAGGAUCACUUCGGAGACACCCGUCGCUAAUCCUCAAGGGGGAAAUCCUAUUCCGACCCCUAGGGAGUCACCUGACGUUAAGUCAUCAGUUCGUCUUCAACCGAAAAUUAGGAUGGAGACCAACGGUCCAAAUCAGCUGACAAACCAGCAAAAUGAUAAGGAGAGCGUUGACUCGGUGACACCAAAUAAAAGGCCCACAUCUCAGACGAGACUCGCUGAUGAAGAUGAUGAUGAUGAUGUGGUGAUGGAUAAUGAGAAGGACAGCAAGUCCCAGAAAUCGGCUAGCAACGAGUCUCUCGUGGUUUCCCCUGGUGUCCAGAAGACCCCGACUCCUGAGCCGAGGACACCUACCAAGAAUGAAAUCAGUGCUACUCCUAGUCCUGCGUCAUCGAAAGCACCCACACCGGCUCCGGAAGAGGAGCGAUCAAAAUCCCGAUUGAGCGAUAAUAUUAGGUCACCUGAUGAUGGUGAGAAUGAGGAAAUGAGUGAGAAGUCUAGACCAACAAGCGCCUUGUCCUCCAGAUCGAGUGUAAAGUCUCCGACUAAAUCAAUUGGAAGGACUCUAGAUUUGCCGUCACCUGGAGGGGGCAGAUCUCCAGAGCUGAAGUCACCUGUUGUUGGUUUUGAUAAUGGAAGGCCUAGAUCAUUGACUGCACGGUCACGCUCUCCAGCAUCGAGCCCGGGGGCAUCAUAUUCACCGAAGACUCCGGGAACUCCCAAAUCAGAGAAGAGGACGACUUUCAUGGAUGCGAAGGAAGGGAGUAAGACGGAGAGAUCGAGGCCAGGAACGCCGGGGGUGAAAAGCAAACCUGGAACACCUGUGAGGAGCAAACCUGGGACACCUGUCAAGAGUCCAACCAGACCUCAGACUCCGAAGUCUGGGAUGAAGCGGUCAACCUCUGCACGAUCGAUCAAAUCAGAUGGAGGAAGUGACAGUGGCGCAAACCAGACAACGCCAAAUGGCUCUCCAACGACAAAUGGUGUAGCAGUAUCUCCCACCAAGAAGUUGCCAAUAAAAUCAAAGGAAGAAGAGAAGCCAAAAACCGCAGGCUCACCGAUAAAAUCAUCCAGCAAAUCCGUUAAAUCUUUGCCAAGAACGCCGGAAGCUGGGUCUCCCUCCACCGCUGACAAAAAAAAAGCGCCCAUGAACAAAGUUCAAGUUGGCGCAGCGCCAUCGCCAAAUUUGAAGACCAUUCGUUCCAAGAUCGGGUCGUUGGACAAUGCAAGCUAUAAGCCCGGUGGUGGCAAAGUCAAGAUUGAAAAUAGGAAACUAGAUUUCAGCAAGGCGCAGCCCAAGAUUGCAGCAAAAAAUGACAAGUACAUGCCUAGUGGUGGCGAUAAAAAGAUACAACAAGUGAAACUUCAGUGGAAUGCGAAACCCAAGGUCGGCUCUUUUGACAAUGCAACUUACAGGCCAGGUGGUGGUGAUAAAAAAAUCGAAACAGUGAAGCUCGAUUUUAAAGACAAGGCAAAGCCCAAAGUUGGAUCUAAGGACAACGCUAAGCACAUGCCUGGUGGUGGUGCAAUUAAGACAUCACCGACCAAUAAGUCACCAUCGGAGUCGCAGUGUGAAAUUGAGACCCAGAAAAUCGACAUCAAGGCGGAGAGCAAGGUUGGAUCCCUGUACAACGUCAAGCACAAACCCGGUGGUGGUGAUAAGAAAAUCUUCAAUGAUCGCGACUAUCUCCGGCAGACAAGCUCGAAUUCUAAUAUCGAAAGUUCCAAUAGCAGCAGUGCCCAGAGUCCAGUACGGUUCAACUCAUUCACCGAUGGGAAGAAUGGUCUGCUAACAUCGUACGAGAAUCUCAGCCAGGAAAGCUAAAUUCUCCUCCCCCCCCCCACCCGCUUUGAAGUGCCCGCUUUUUGAGCAAAGAGUCCUUGCGUUUUACAUGAAAUAAUAAACAAAACAUGAUAAUUACGAUGAAGCCAGAAGGAUGCCUCGACUAUGACAAGAGGUUCACAAUUUAAUAAUGAUCCUGCCAGACGGAUCGUAAUCACCACCAUCGCCAUCACGUCAUCGCACUAACGCAUUUUAGGCAGUUUUAUUUCCUUGGAAUUUAAUCAAUCACUAGAGGACCUUUCGAUCCUGGUGGGAGACAAAUGUUACAAUGAAGUGUAUUGUGAUAAACUAUCCAAACAUAUAUAAUCAUAGAGAGCAUACUAACUGGGUAAUUUCAUCAGCAAAUAUGUAAGACGUGUGCAGUAGAAGAUUUUUUAAAUGUUUUCACUCUAAACGAUCUGCGUUAUUUGAUGUACAUAGAGAUAUCCGAUGAAUGAUUAUUUUUCUUUUGAGGGGUGCGUGAGUCUUCAGAAGGGCUGAUCACUCCUCAAUAUAAAAAAUAUUCGUACAGAUUUGAACAUCACCUCAAUUUAACAGAAAAAUUGGCGAUAGAAUCCUAUUCUCGUGUUAAAUGAUUCUAUGAUUUGAAAUUUAGCUCGAAAAUCGCGUCAUAUCAAUUUGCAGGAGUGACUUGCCGGUUCUGAUUCGAUUGACACUCAUUCCAUUGAUAUUUCAGAAAGAAAUGCAGCGUACGUGCAUUACUAUAGUUCGUGUAGAUAUUGUGCAUUGAGAGUUAUCAAAAGAGAAAUGAUAACCAACUAGAGCAGCUGCUCACAUUUAAACAAGUGAUAACACGAGGGUGAGAGUGGAAGUUAUGGGGUUUCUAAGGGUUAGGAAGGUCAAAUGAAGGGCAUUAGAGUCAUGGGAACCAAAUAAGGGUCAACUAUGAGAGGUUCGACCGAUGAUCGAGCGAAUUUCAACUGAUUCGACAGCAAAAUUGUACCUCUUUUGCGUCAUAAAAGGGUAUAACAAUUUUUAACAGUCACUCUUCACGAACUAGUUGAAGAAUAACAUUAAUUUCCAGUGGCCCACAUGUACACACAUUCUCCCUAGAUGUUAAAUUUUGAAUUAUUAAAAUCCACAAACAUACACAUUUUAUCGCUUGAUGGGUUUCGAUUAGACUGGAGAAUAAUCAAACACGUCAUAACAUGCGUUUAUUGAAGACUAAUAAUAUUUAAUGAUAGAGAUAUCACGACUGUGUCUACACGAGUUUAUCGUAUCCAUUAAACGUAAUAAAUAAAUAUUGGAGAGUAAUUAUACGUAAUAGAGCUAUAACACGAAAUCAACAGAGUAAUGACAAGUGUAAUUGCCAUCAACAUGUAUUCUGUCGUUAAACAUUACUUAGGGAUUAAUUAAUUACAAUAAUAUUUUUGUUUCUAAAUUUAA